AUGUGCAUUUCUCUGGUGCUCUUCCUGGUCGACUUAGUUCGCCAUCGCAAAGAUCCGAUGCCGGUUGGUGGUAGGGCCCUGAGGCGGUUCAUCUUCGGCCCGAAAAGGACUCAGCUGACUUCUGGAGGAGAUUCACGUACCGAAGCGCUGCCGGCUUCCAGUGGUGUCGGCUUUGGCACAGGCAUGUUCGCCAUGGGCCAAACUGGCGACUUGAGCUACGCACACCUCCUUCUGCUGCUCCCUGCUGUCUGCUAUGCACUGCAGCCCGAGGGCAUGGGCAGUGCAAGGAUGAGCAUCGGAGUCAAGGGCGACCGGCUGAAAUACCUAUUGUGUGAUGAGAGCGCCCGAUUUCUAGCAAUACUUGUUAUCCUGCCGCUCUGGAACCUGCUAUUGCAGCACGACUACCCAACUCAAGGCACCUAUAUCUAUCGGCAGCUGGGAAAAGCACGCAUCAUGCUUUUAAUUCACUUGACACUUUCCGUUUGUGUCACCAGUCAACAGAUGUAUAACGCUUUCCAGCUCGCCAUUACAGAAUUGCAUCCCAGGCUGACACGUAACCUCAUCUAUCUCCUCCUGGGAGUGACGAUCUCAGCGAGUCUCAAUGGAAUUACCAGCAUUAUCCCCAUCACCUGGUGCUGCCUAUUGGCUGAAACAAUUGGGAUAGUAUUGGUCGGAUUGUCGCGCACUCGUCAAGAAGUCGACUAUGAUAAAAUACAGCUUCCAGAUGACGGACCCACAGAAGUUACUAUUUACACCCAAUUGCCACGUAGGUUGACUUGGCAUCUGGUCUAUUUAAUAUUGUCCCCGGCGCCAUACCAGCUGAUGCUGGCGGCCCAGCAGUCGGGAAUGCAGGGUGCCUGGAAGCGGAUACUCGCAUGUGCAAUCGUCUGCAACUGGGGCAGGUCAGUUGCCUACUACCUGAUUAGCCAACGGCUUUAUCCUCUAGCGCAGAUAAAUGCCACCAGGUCGACGAUAAGUCCAUUCGUUCUGUUCAGCAAAGAAAUGGCGAGCAAUAUCACUACUCUUAAUGAACUACCUGAAGGUCUUAUUAUUCCCAAGGAAAUUAAGGAGCCAAACAUGACAGACUUUUCUACAGAAGAGAUAACGAUCAAUAAUGAUCUCUUCAUACUAACUGGUGUCUUGCUGGGCCCAGUAAUAGUGGGCGCAGCCAUCUCAGCCGUAUCACUUGCCAGCCAAAUGUAUCUAGACAUAACGAAAGUUGCCCUGCAACUAUUAAACUACAUGUAUGACGGUUUGGACGAGUUAGUCGUGCUGGUGGUACUCAGUGUCACCGUUAGCCUCUUCCAUAUGCAAGCCUUUUUAUACAUUCUUAACAGACAAGAAGAAGUACUGAAGUAUCUAUGGCGACUACUCAACCAGUGCGGGAACAAGUACCAUUUCUUCUAUAUAGCCUAUCUAGCAACGCCAUUGCUAGCCCCAUUUAUUGUGAACUUUGGCGCCGCAUCAGCAAUUAUUGGUUGGGUGGUUUCCGCUGCGGCCAACAUUUUGGUCUAUUCUAUAAACGAGAUCUUGGACAAUCAGAUCAUUGAAGCCGAAGUAAGACGUGUCUUUUGUAUUUUCAUGGUAGUUCAAGUAAUUUCCUGUGUUAUGAAUAGUAAUAUUAGUAGCAUGCUCGUCCCUUGGAUGCAGCUUUCGAUUCUUAUUGAAGAUGUGAAGACCAAGAUGUUGUGGCUUCGAGUAUGGUCACAGUUUCCAGCAGAACGGUUUGUCGAGGGAUUGACUUCACUUGUCUCUUUGACGAAUUCGUAUCUUGGUGCGGAGAAUGGCAAGUCUCACUGA